AUGGAGCGUGAAGAUGUUAUACGCCCAAGUACUGCAAAGAGCCGAACCGUGUAUGAACAAGGCUUCACACGCGUGCUCGACAGGAACCCAGCCUGCCUCAGACUUGUUUCCACAUCCAGCCCGCAGUUCGGCAGACUUGAGCUACCAGUUUCUAUCAACCACCCGACACGACUUACUCUCUCUGAAAACCUGGAUCCGACCUAUCGGAAAUGGUUUAAGCGCGAAGAAAGUCACCUCUCUGUGCUAAUAUUGGCAUGGAGCUACAUAUUCUCAGCGCGAUGGGUUGAGCUCAUGCCCGGAGCCCAUCUGACCUAUACUGAGAAGCACGUGGAAUAUGACAACAAGGGAGAUGAGCAAACCCAAGUCAUGGUGGAUAUAGGAAAUGUCGACGAUGAAGCAGCCAGAUGGUGGGCCGCUGUUUUGUCUUCCGGUGAGGGAUGGCAGGCUUACCUUACAUGGGAGGGAGCGAAAUUCCGAUCGCCGUGGUCGACUGUUUUGGAAACAAGGGCGAAAUUUACCCUUGCCUGCCGCAAACCCCUCUGUCAUAUGUCAACUACCGCAGCUUCAUUCACCACUGCAGUUCAUUUUCUCACAGAAUAUUGCUAUCUACACAACAUUGUUGACCAGACCCUGGCGGCGCUAUCUUCAGCAUUGUUUUUUCCUUCAUUGCAUACAAAGAAAAACCCGAUCUCACUCCCGAAACCCAAUUCUCACAGGAGGCAAAGACUCAAGCCAGCCAUAUCAGAGCCAACUGAGCGGAAGCAACUUGACUCCAUAUCAAAGCAGAUAGUGCCGGAGCUGGACAAGCUUUUAACAUUGAGUUGCAACACACGGGGUCUACGCACUCUUUUGUCAAGCGUAUUUUAUGAACCUGGAAUCCCUUGCAACACUGUUUCUUUUCUUUGGCUUGGUGGCAUAAUCAUGGGUACUCACAAGGAUGUCCUCCAGGAUGGUCGAUUCGGCCUGAUGCUGAUUGACCUCCAUGCAGCAUCAUGGUGUGGUGUCACACAAUCAUUUUUACAGGAACCUGUCUCCCAACCCCUAAUAACUAACGGGGCGCUUUUACGAUCAGAUGAGUGCCGACUUCUCUAUCUGACCCAAGCAGAACAGCAUAGUCAGUGCCCAGUGUCUCCAUGGAUGCCUUUCGGUACCACUGCACUCGAAGACACUGAAAUUGAUGUCCGUCUACAUACACAGUGUACUGGUCACGGUCUUCAAUAUGCGGAUUGGUAUUGGGCUUGUCGAAACGGUAAACUAGAACGGCACCCGGCAAUGAAUACACCCAUCAGAUACGACGCUCUGAAUCUCGAGGACGAAUCAGCAUCAGAAAAUGCUACACGGAAUAUAUUUGGCUGGCUCCGAAUUGACGGAUAUCCCCCACGGGAACGAGGAAUAAGUAACCACGAGUGGAUGAAUAUCGAUGAAUCUGAUGAUGAAUCACCAUCUCUGAAUGAGUCACCAAGAAGCCAUGCAGCUGGAACAUCAAAAGCUGCGGUAUAG